CCGCCUGGUCUGCGGCGCUUGCCAGAUAAGGUCACUCGAUCUUGCGUCACAGUAAUCCUGGUUCGUCUCCCAGCUCAUCACGCAUUGAUGCCGUUGCAUCCCUUCGCGCUUAGGACUAAAUGGCUUAUAUCUAACGCCUGACUGCUGAGGGGCUCACCGACCUUUGUACCGACUACCGCCUGAUGGCUUCCGCGACUGGUCAUAGCAGUGCACCUGCGGUGGACCUGGCUGCUGUGAUUCAGGGCUUGCCUGCAUGCAAACGCUGCAGGGAAUGCCGCCGUGGCUGCGACACGCUUCUCCCGAAAUGCCGGCAGUGCAGCAAAGCCGGCGUAGAUUGUUUUUACCACGAUCAUGGUCGCGGCACGCUGGUGCCUCGCAGCUACAUCUCCGAACUCGUCGAUCACGUGCGCAGGCUUGAAGCACAGAGCAGCUCAGCGUCGCCAACUGCGUCGGUGGACACACCACAGAGUGGGAGUUUUCAUGCCAAAAGCGAGCCAAUACUGCCAGGCGCUGUUCCGCAGUACGAGCAUCACUUUGCAUACGCGGCGGACAGCUAUCGCUACCUUGGCUCGGAAUCGUGUCUCUUGAAGUCGCCACGACUGCAAUCGACUUAUGUCCGGUCUCCAUUCGACGAGGAAGAUGACUUCGUUCUCGAAUGGAAGUCUUCGCCGCAGAAGCUGCACGAGCUGGUCGAAGAGUACCUUGAAUGCAUGCAGCCGGUGUACCCCAUUGUUGACAUGUCACACCGAUACCUCGACCUGGAAGUGCCUACAGAUCUUUCGCCUAUAGAGACAUUCACGCUGAACAUGAUCUACUCCAUUGCCUGCCAUGUCAUCCCCAACAGUGCGAAACGGCAGGACGCGCGGAAUCUAUGGCAAUCGUCAGGAAAGCAGGCGCGUUACCAAGCAAACUGUCUGAAAUAUCGCAACCUCGCGGGCAAGUUCAACGACAAAGCCAUGGAUCAUGUGGAGGCGGCAACGCUCGAGCCUACGAUCGACACCCUUCGCGCAGUGCUGUUGAUGGCCAUAAACAGCCUGUUCGAUCCAAAGUCCGGCAACAUCGGUCAGCAGAUAGCGCUCGCCGCACGUAUUGCGUACAGCCUCGAGGCAAAGGCAGAACAGGAGGGAUCGACGCCUGAGCACGCGGACAUGCUUCGAAACAUGCACAUGACCAUCUUUAGUAUAGAGAACGAGAUUGCUUCUACCUUGGAUCGGCCAGCAACGUUUCCAGAACCAAACUGGGAACUACGCUUUGACAAGGCCAGGCCCGCUGAGUACAUGUGUUCGCUGUUCAGAUUGCAGCAUCGCUUCCGCAACGGCGACUCGACAGCAAAGGCAAAUGUGCGAAAACUCCUACCACGUCUGGACGAGAAGGCUGAAUUGCUCCCUGUUGUUCGCAUUGCUCUUCACACCACAGUGCUUCUCCUGGAUCCGAAAUGGGGCAGUGCAUGGUACGUGCUCGAAGCUGUGGUAAGCCUGGGCGGCACAUACACGUUCCUCACGCCACACUGGGUCUACCGCGCUGGCACAAUCAUCAUCCAGAACAUGCCUGAGAUCUAUGAGGGCAAUGUUAUCCAGCUCUACUCCAACACAGUUCACGUGCUCGAGCUUUCGUCGUGGAAGUGGCCAAGCUCGGCUGCCCUUAAUGCGUCCCUUGCCGACCUCAUGACGCACAUGAAGAGCAAAUACAGGCCCGAGUGGGCCGACAAACUUCGGCUUGGAGAUGUCAGGAUAUAGUCGCAACGCAGUGUUGGACCAGAUUUCGGUCAUGAGCGUGAAAAUUGUUGAAUUCUCUACCGACUUCGGUCUUUGAGCAAACAU